CGUUUCUUUCGAUUCUAUUGUAAAUUGUAACUAUAUGUGUACAAUGAUAUUUCAUACUUGGUAUCUUCAUAUGAUACAUGAAAAAAAUUGAUUUAAAAUUUUACAAAAAUGUCAAAUUCGCUUGUACGAAAAGGACUUGAAUUGUUGGGUUACGAAAAAAGCGUAAAGCAAGAAAAAAAGAAAAGAAAACACGUAAAAUAUAAAGGUUCGCUGGAUCUGAUCCCUCCAAAACACAGGAUAUUUUCUAAAAACGAUAAAACAGAUCUCGGAACAAUCCUUGGUCGAUCAAGCAAAGUAACUGUUUACGAAACUCAAAAAAAGUUAGCUGCAAAAGUAGAUCCUACAGAUGAAAAUGUACAGAGGCUUCUAUUGCUUAGCACUAAUCGUAUUGAUCCAAAUACAACAAAUAAGUUAUUAAGCAGAGCUCUGAGAAAGAGAUAUAUUCCAAAGGAAAAGAAACCUAAGGAACCUGAAGCCACUGCAUUUACUGAAGAAGAUUUUAAGAAAUUUGAAAAAGAAUACGUGGAUCAGUAAUGAUAAUUUUAUAUUUCUUAAAUUAUAUAUUAGAUAAACGAAUUUCAAUUAAUGAACUUUACUUAGUAUACAUGGUGUUAUGGUAGUCACCAAUAUAUAGACAUUUAAUUGUAUUUCAUCUGUAAAGCAAUAUUAUUUUUUGCACGUUUAUAUGAUAAAUGUUUAAUCUACUGUAAAUUGUUAAACGUAAAAUGUUUAAUAGCGAUCGUAAAAGGGGUAAAGUGAUAUUAAUUUUAACUUCCUCUUUAUUUCUCUAUUACACUAUAUGGAUUAUUGGUUUACCAUUCAUCGAUGAUAAUAGAAUACGAUCGUUUUUUGGUUCUCACAAUAUUGCAUUAAUAAUUCCUGCAGUGUCUGGCUUAUGUUUCAUUGGUGGAUUGGUAUUAUUUACUAUUUAUCACGUUAAACCAUAUUUUUCGAGUAACAAAUCAAGUAAACUUCAUGAUUCGUAACAUAUGCAUAAAAAGGUUUGUGUAAAUGAAAAUAUUAUAUUGUAUUUUGUUAACUAAAUUAUGUUGAGAAACAUUGACACACUUGUGUGUAUUUUAUUAUUGAUUAAGUAAUAAAGUUAAUGUAACUUAUGUAACUAGA